AUGGAUAACCAAACCGAGACAGAAUUUAUCCUCAUGGGCUUCACAGACGUUCGUUGGCUCCAGAUCCUGCUGAUCUUUCUGUUGCUCUGUGCCUAUCUCUUGAGUUUAGCUGGAAACCUGGUCAUCAUCUCCAUCACCCUGGUGGAUCAUCGCCUACAAACCCCCAUGUAUUUUCUCCUCCGGAACUUCUCUUUCUUGGAAAUUGGUGUAACCUCCACCACCAUCCCCAAGGUCUUGUUCAACCUGGUGUCAGGCACCAAAUCCAUCUCUGUAGCUGGGUGUUUUGCCCAGUGCCUUUUCUAUGUCAUUGUUGGCACAACUGAGUUUUUCCUGAUGGCAGCUAUCUCCUUCGAUCGGUAUAUGGCCAUCUGCAAGCCACUACACUACGCUUCCAUCAUGAACAGCCAGCUCUGCAGACAGAUGGUGCUAGGCUCUUGGCUCCUCAGUUCUGUGUAUGUGAUUUCCCCAUUCAUUAUAUAUUUCCAGUUGCCCUUAUGUGGCCCAUAUGUCAUUGACCAUUUCUUCUGUGAUACCGUGCCAUUGCUUAAAUUGGCCUGCAUGGAUAUACAGUAUCUAGAAAUACUGAUUUUCUUUUUGGCCACAGGCAGCAUAGUUGGCACUUUCUCCAUCACCCUCAUCUCCUAUGUCAACAUCAUCUCCACAGUGCUGCACCUGCCCUCAGCCACGGGGAGGCAGAAAGCCUUCUCCACCUGCAGCUCCCACCUGACCGUGGUCUCACUCUCCUAUGGCAGCUGCAUCUUCCUGUAUGUCACCCCUCAGGGGAGCAGCAGAAUGGACCUCAGUAAAGGGGUGGCUCUCUUCAACAAUGCAGUGUCCCCUCUGCUCAACCCCUUCAUCUACAGUCUCAGAAACAAGCAAGUCAAGGAUGCCAUGAGAGAUGCAUUCAGACGAACUAUGAUGCUUGCUAGAAAAACGAAACUGUGA